UCUAGUCUUCACCACUGCUUAAGUCGUCGUUUCUUUCUCCUGCAAGCGAAGUCAUCCCUUUCUCCCUCUACAGCAAAAACCAUCACUCACGAUAAUGGGUGGAAGUGAGAUUUGUGAUGAUUGGGAGUCGGCUGAUGGAAGAACUUUGGUUUUAGUUGGACGUACUGGGAACGGCAAAAGUGCUACUGGUAACAGUAUUCUUGGAAGAAGAGCAUUCAAGUCGAUGACUAGCUCGGCUGGUGUCACGAGUACUUGUGAGUUCCAGAGAACUGUGUUAGAUGAUGGGCAGAUUAUCAAUGUCAUUGAUACCCCCGGAUUGUUUGAUUUUUCUGGUGAAUCUGAGUUUAUCGGGAAAGAAAUUGUUAACUGCAUCAACAUGGCCAAGGAUGGUAUACAUGCUGUUCUUGUAGUUUUCUCUGUUAGAACCCGGUUUUCAAGAGAAGAAGAAGCUGCUGUUCAGAGCUUGUGCGAUUUUUUUGGAAGCAAAUUGGCUGACUACAUGAUUGUUGUUUUCACGGGUGGGGAUGAUCUUGAAGAAAAUGAAGAAACUUUGGAGGAUUAUUUAGGUCGUGACUGUCCCGAGCCUUUGAAGGAAGUUCUUAAGAAGUGUGGAAAUAGGAGAGUGCUUUUUGAUAAUAAGACGAGAGAUGCAUCGAAGAAAGCUAAACAAGUGAGAGAACUACUUAGCCUUGUAAACAUCGUGGUAGAAUGUAAUUGUGGGAUAGCAUACACUGAUGAGAUAUUCUCGAACUUGAGGGAUGGAGCAGUUAGACUUCGCAAUCAAACUGCAGAAGUUGAGUCCUCGAAUGGAUACACCAAACAAGAGAUAUCUUUAUUGAAGGAUCAAAUGCAAAAAUCGUAUGCAGACCAACUUAAGCGAAUCACUGAAAUGGUGGAGUCUAAGCUGAAGGAGACGACUCAUAGGCUUGAGGAGCAAUUGGCAAAAGAGCACAGCGCCCGCUUGCAGGCUGAGGCGAGUGCGAGAGAAGCUCAGGAAAGAUCCAACGAUGAGAUUCGAAAGCUGAGGGAGAAUCUCGAGAGAGCGCAAAGGGAGACUGAGGAGCUCCGCAUGCAAGCUAGAAAUAGCGGGUGCCAUAUUCUUUGACAAACUUCUUGAUGUUCAUAUCUAUCUAUAUGAGAUUGCGUGUGUUAACUCCAUUGUCACUUGACUGGAUUGAUCAUCCUGGUGCCACUUUAAUAAUUUGAUGCAUUCCCUAUUUUUUUUUGCUUC